AUGGAACCAGAGCCGUCCCCUGCCGCUCUCCUUGAGGCUAUCACAGCCCUCACAGCCACAGUCGGGUCCCUGCAGGACCAAAUCCGUGCCCAAAGCCAGCAAAUCACCAAGCUUAGAGCCAUAUGCAAGGAAACAGCGGACCUCCUUGGGGAUAAAGAUCAAGGAGUCCCCCAAACCCAGCCUGGCCCAUCGACUGGGCCUAUUACCCCUCCUACACAUACAGGAGGGGAAGUCCACACUCCAGGCACGGUUAGGCCUGGACUCAAGGCCCCGUUCCGCCCCUCUAGAGGAACGGGUUAUGACUCAGAAGAGGAAGAGGAACCCAAGAGAGCCCCAAAGAAAGAGCCUUGGGGAACGCCUAGGAGCCUAAGCUCACUUACUCCCUUCGAUUCAGGGUCCAGCGUCAAGCGGCCCAAGAUGGAUCUCCCUGACCCAUACAAGGGGCAUUCCAGGGGAAGAAAGGCAACCCAGUGGCUAGAUUGCAUGCUACUUUGGGUUGCGCUUCAUCAAGACCAAUUCAAUGAAGAAGAGCAGAUGGUUGUGUGGAUACUAUACCACAUGACAGACAAGGCAGCCGACUGGGCACUCCCCCUCAUUGGGACUAUUAUCAAGGGUGAGGGCAACCCCCCAACCACCAUCCUGGCCUUAACGGCCAAAUUCAAGGAGGCCUUUGACGACCCCAAUGCCAAGAGGGCUGCUGCCAGAAAAAUUGCGGCUCUCUCCCAAACUACCACAACCUCCGAGUAUGUCACGGAGUUCCGCAACCUCAUAGCGGAAUUAGACUGGAACAAAGAGGCCUAUAUUGCGCAGUUCACGCAAGGCCUCCACUGGAAAGUCAAGGAACUGCUAUCAACCAAGGAUAGUGUCCCCAAUGAACUUGAGGCAAUUUUUGCGGCCUCUAUCAAAAUUGACAACAUGUUGUACACCACUGUAAGGUGGGUACACGCUAAUGGGAGCGGGCGCUUGAGGCCGUACUACUACACUGGCUUAUGUAAGUCAACUAUCUAA